GAGUAGUCGUUGUGUGAGAACAGCCCUCCUCACUCUUUAAUGGAUUGAACCCAAAGUUUCGUUAAAGAUUAGUAGAAGUGUACGAAGAAGUAUACUAAGGUGUUGUAUCUCAUUCUGCAUCUGUCAGUGGAUUUCAGUCCGUUAAAGAUAACGCCAAAUAGGUCACUAAAAGUGCUAUAGCCUGUCAACAGCUUCCCUAAAGUGACGACCGGUUAUUUCAUAGUUGACGCCAGUAGAUGCAUUUCAAUUUUUUGAACGGUGCAGUGUAAUUUAUAAGAAAAAGAAUAGAUACGAAUCAUCAAAAUAUGUGGUUUAAAAUAUUAUUAAUUUCAUCUCUAAUUUGUGUGUCCAUAUCUUAUUCGAAUGGAAAAAGUCACAAAUGUAAAGAGCUCGAAGAAUGUGUGAAAGGAGAAAAUGAUAUCAGCUGUUUAAAAAGAUACAAACGACAUUGUACUGGAUCUUCAAAUUCUUGUAGCGAUUGCGAUUGCGAUUAUUGUUCGACGAAUACUUGCUCAUCAACUUGCAAUACUUGUUGCGCAAAUUUCAAUCAACAGUGUUCGAGUACUUAUUGCUGCUAUAAGACUUGUCAUUCGCAAUGCGCUUCGCAGUCGUGCAGAAAAAGCUGUAGAAAUGUUUGUAAUAAAAAAAUUCCUCAUACUAAACCUGGUAGUAGUGAUAGCAGCCAAUCACAACAAUCCAAUGCGGUCAAUAUAACAACGGUCAUUAAUUUACAUAACAAAAUCAAUAACACCAAUCAAAUUGAUAUUCCUGUUAACGUAAAUAGCACUAAUUAUAAUAACUUUACGAUCGAUGCUGCUAAUGAGUAUGACGGUUACUAUGGAGGAGGACAAACUUCAGGACAAAUUGUGCUACCACAACCACCGCAUCCACAACAGCCACAACCACAACCACCGCAUCCACAGCCUCAUCCGCAACAACAAUCAUGUUGUCAAGUUGUUGGACCAAGACAAUGUACUCCACAAGCUCAAUAUCCAUAUACAAGAUGUUAUCAUUUAAGGAGAAAACAAUGUGGAAGCUUUUGUGCAUCAUCAAUAAUGCACGCCCAGCAACAUCAAGUUUGCGAACAAGCAACUACUGGUCAACAAAGUUGCCAUAAUCAAUUAAUAUAUAUACCACAGCCACAAACAAGAUGCGCGUAUCAACAAGCUUGGCCUUAUGUUGUUAUGGAACGUCAAACGAAGAAGUAA